CGUCAGGCCACGUCAUCUUCGGGCUCCCGCUGCCAGCCGGGCAGCGGACGGUGGGAAGCGUCAUGGCGUCUCCGGCCAGCAUUCGGGAGCGGCAAACAGUGGCCCUGAAGCGAAUGUUAAAUUUCAAUGUGCCUCAUGUUAAAAACAGCACUGGAGAACCGGUAUGGAAGGUCCUCAUUUAUGACAGAUUCGGCCAAGAUAUCAUCUCUCCUCUGCUGUCUGUGAGGGAGCUGAGAGACAUGGGGAUCACUCUGCAUCUCCUUUUGCACUCUGACCGAGAUCCAAUUCCAGAUGUUCCUGCAGUGUACUUCGUGAUGCCAACCGAAGAAAAUAUUGACAGACUAUGCCAGGAUCUUCGAAAUCAGCUCUAUGAAUCCUAUUAUUUAAAUUUUAUUUCUGCGAUUUCAAGAAGUAAACUGGAAGAUAUUGCAAAUGCAGCAUUGGCAGCUAGUGCAGUAACACAAGUUGCCAAGGUUUUUGACCAGUAUCUCAAUUUUAUUACAUUGGAAGAUGACAUGUUUGUAUUAUGUAAUCAAAAUAAGGAGCUUGUUUCAUAUCGUGCCAUUAAUAGGCCAGAUAUCACAGACACAGAAAUGGAAACUGUUAUGGACACUAUUGUUGAUAGCCUCUUCUGCUUUUUUGUUACAUUAGGUGCUGUUCCCAUCAUCCGAUGCUCGAGAGGAACAGCAGCAGAAAUGGUGGCCGUGAAACUUGAUAAGAAACUUCGGGAGAAUCUAAGAGAUGCAAGAAACAGCCUUUUUACAGGUGAUCCACUUGGAACUGGCCAGUUCAGCUUCCAAAGGCCCUUAUUAGUCCUUGUCGACAGAAACAUCGAUUUGGCAACGCCUUUACACCACACGUGGACAUACCAAGCUCUGGUACAUGAUGUGCUGGAUUUCCAUUUAAACAGAGUAAACCUGGAAGAAUCUACAGGAGUGGAAAAUUCUCCAGCUGGUGCUAGACCAAAGAGGAAAAACAAGAAGUCUUACGAUUUAACUCCAGUUGAUAAAUUUUGGCAGAAACAUAAAGGAAGCCCCUUCCCAGAAGUUGCAGAAUCAGUCCAACAAGAACUAGAAUCCUACAGAGCACAAGAAGAUGAGGUCAAACGACUAAAAAGCAUUAUGGGACUAGAAGGAGAGGAUGAAGGAGCCAUCAGCAUGCUUUCUGAUAACACUGCUAAGCUCACAUCAGCUGUCAGUUCUUUGCCAGAACUCCUUGAGAAAAAAAGACUUAUUGAUCUCCAUACAAAUGUUGCCACUGCUGUGUUAGAACACAUAAAGGCAAGAAAACUGGAUGUGUAUUUUGAAUAUGAAGAAAAAAUAAUGAGCAAGACUACUCUGGAUAAGUCCCUCCUCGACAUCAUAUCUGACCCUGACGCAGGAACUCCGGAAGAUAAAAUGAGGCUGUUUCUUAUCUAUUACAUAAGCACGCAGCAAGCACCUUCUGAGGCUGAUUUGGAGCAGUAUAAAAAGGCUUUAACAGAUGCAGGAUGCAACCUUAGCCCUUUACAGUAUAUCAAACAGUGGAAGGCUUUUGCCAAGAUGGCCUCAACUCCUGCCAGCUAUGGAAACACUACCACUAAACCAAUGGGUCUCUUAUCCCGAGUCAUGAAUACAGGGUCACAGUUUGUGAUGGAAGGCGUGAAGAACCUGGUAUUGAAGCAGCAGAAUCUACCCGUUACUCGAAUUCUGGACAACCUCAUGGAGAUGAAGUCAAACCCUGAAACUGAUGAUUAUAGAUAUUUUGAUCCCAAAAUGCUGCGGAGCAAUGACAGCUCAGUUCCUAGGAACAAAAGUCCAUUCCACGAGGCCAUUGUCUUUGUGGUAGGAGGAGGCAACUAUAUUGAAUAUCAGAAUCUUGUUGACUACAUAAAGGCAAAGCAAAGCAAGCAUAUUUUAUAUGGCUGCAGUGAGCUUUUUAAUGCUACACAGUUCAUAAAACAGCUGUCACAACUUGGACAAAAAUAACACAGAAGAACAAUAAUGGAUGAGCAGUUUGGACAGAUGUAAAAAGAGCCAGAUGUGUUUUACUCCAUAGCAGUGCCCUAACAGUGCAACCUGUCAGAAUCACUAAUUUUUAAAGAAAUUCUAUACUUCAUAAACUGUAUACUAAUUAAAAUAAUAAACCAUUUCAGAAAUAA